AACUUGCACUUCCCAUGCUUAGAAUGUGCAAGUGUUUGGCAUUUCCUACCUCGCUAGGUGAUUUGCUCCAUCAUUCAUAUCCUGGCAUUGCUGUGCUUUGGUGCUUAGUUUGGAUGGACAACAGAAGAGUCAGCAAUGAUCUCCUGGCAUGCCCCUGAGGUGCAGAAAACACCGAGCUAACAAGAGGUACGAAUGGGGAAGGAGAGGAGCUGGAGAGCCCCCCAUGCAGCAGCUCCCCGACGGCGAGACCAGCCCGCACGCCGGGUGCCAGGCUCCAUCUAGCGACCCGGCAGGGGAUGGCCGGGCGGCAAUACGGCCCGGAGCAGCCGGGGGGGAGCGGAGGCGGCGCCCCCCGCCCUGCCCGCGCCCGCCGGUGCCCCGGCCACGGAGCCCCGGCUCCCUCUCCCAGCCUAGUCGCACAAGCAUCCCCGGGGGCGCAGCCGCCUGAUCUCUGACCGGGGAAAUGGGGGACGGGCAAGCGCCAGCGCCGAGCUCAGGUCCGGAGGGUGCCCCGUGGCACCUCCACGCCUGCGGGUUGCGCACCCCCGGCCCCGUGUGCUUCAGGGCUCAGUUCAGGGCAGGGCUGCGGGACCGCCCGGCCCGGCACGGCCCGGCACAGCAUGGCACGGCCCGGCACGGCACGGCCCGUCGGGGCAGCCCGGAGUGGCGGGGAGGGGCGCGGCCGGAGCCCCGACGGCGAAGCUCGGAGGUGCGGAUGGGGAGGGAGUGACUUCAGGGUGUCCCCUGCGCCAUGAUGUCACCCGAUCAAUAUUUUCGGGGGGAGUGCCCGCCCCGGCCAAUUCCCGCUAUGAAACGGGCUCUAUAUUGGAGCUGGAUGCAGCCGAAUCGAUCGGGCUGAUAACGGAGGCCUAUAAAAGGCCGGGGGGCCGGCUUCGCCCGUGCUACAUCCCGCGGCACCGCCAGCCGAGGCGAGCGCCCGGCCUCCCCUCCCCUCGCUCCGCGCCCCUCCGCCCGCCAUGGGGCCGCGCCCCGCCGCCCGCCGCGCCGCCCUGGCGCUGCUGGGGCUCGCCGCCGCCGCCGCCGCCGCCGCCGCCCGCUCGCUGCCGCUGCCCGACGCCGGCCCGCACGUCAACUACGGCUGGGGGGAGCCCAUCCGGCUGCGGCACCUCUACACCGCCAGCAAGCACGGGCUCUUCAGCUGCUUCCUCAGGAUCGGCGGCGACGGCCGGGUGGACGCGGCCGGCAGCCAGAGCCCGCACAGUCUGCUGGAGAUCCGCGCCGUGGCGGUGCGCACCGUGGCCAUCAAGGGCGUGCGGAGCUCCCGCUACCUCUGCAUGGACGAGGCGGGGCGGCUGCACGGGCAGCUCAGGUAUUCCACUGAAGAUUGUUCCUUUGAAGAGGAGAUUCGUCCAGACGGCUACAACGUAUAUAAAUCAAAGAAAUAUGGGAUAUCGGUGUCUUUGAGUAGUGCUAAACAAAGACAACAGUUCAAAGGAAAAGAUUUUCUUCCACUGUCUCACUUCUUACCUAUGAUCAACACAGUGCCAGUGGAGUCAACAGACUUUGGUGAAUACGGUGAUUAUAGCCAGGCUUUUGAACCAGAGGUAUACUCAUCGCCUCUUGAAACGGACAGCAUGGAUCCUUUCGGGAUCACCUCCAAACUCUCUCCAGUGAAGAGCCCCAGCUUUCAGAAAUGAUGCUGAUUACACACACGGUUUUAAAGAAAUGUUGCAGAAUAUUGCAGGUUGUUAGCUUCUCGUGUAGUGAUGUUUCAAACUUUUUUUUAUAUAUUUCAGUAUGGAGCCAGCCUUUUCCGUACAGUGUGUUGUACUGGUAAGAGAUGAGUGCCCAGAGGCUAUAUUCUAAAGAAUUGCCGAUCCAUAGGGUUUUUCUGAGAAAGAAGGAUUAAAUAAGAAAAGCUUACUGCAUUCAUCAGAGCUCCUCCAUUAACAUGGUGAUGAUAAAAUAAUUACAGUUUCUGUACAUCAAAUUCAUUGCCACAUAUGUUCACCUUUUAUUUCUGCUCAUGGGAGCAAAUGCAAAAAACCUUUUUGCUGUUCAUGGGAAGGUUCACAAUCUGGUAGCUUCAGAGGCUUCAAAAUCUGGUAGCUUCAGAGGCUAAAGACAAACAUUUGGAACAAAACAUGAUUAAGGAAGACCUAGCAAAUGUGGUUAUGUGAACUACAGUUAAUGCUGUCUCUUGAAAAGCUGCUGACAAGGUUCUGGGAAAACUUUCUGUUGAAAGCAUACCACUGAAAAACAAUUCUGCCUGUAUAUUGUGCUUUUUCUUCCCUUAGGAAAGAAGGGACGAAAGGGAAAUACUUCUUCCUUCCCUUAUUGCUAAGGGGUACUUCGGAAAACUGGAUCUUUGAUUUCUUGUAGGCUAAUUUAUGUUCACUGUGGGAUCUGCAUCAUCCAGCAUAGAUUUCUCAUUAACAUUAGUGGGAAUUCAGCAUGGGGGUUGAAGUGUGUACAGAACUAGCAUUUCUGUUUUUCAGGCAGGGAAUAAGCAGUUCAAAUCUGUGUUCAAAUACAGAUUCUGUUGUAUAUACACAUGUAUGUCAUAAGCAAAUGGAGAGAAAGACUGAAAAUGGAUGAUGCGUAGGUCACAUCAAUUGCAAAGCGGAUUUUCAUGUUUUAUCUGUAACCAUCAGCAAUUCUAAGUCCUUCCAGGCUUGAUUCUGCAUCAGUUGAAAUCAGUGGAGAGACAAUAUAGUGACAUAGACACUGCAGAACUGGGACAGCCAUGCAGGAAAGGAUCGUGGCUACCUUGUGGCUAAAAAACAUAUGGCUGAUGUCUUCAGUUCUGUUCUCCCCUUAUAACAAUUUGACAAAGGAAUAAACAAACUGAAACCAAAGGAAAAAAAA